AUGAAGCUUGCAAUCAUGUUGAUAGUUGGUGGAAUUGCCUCACUAUGUGCCACAGGUAAACUGAAAUAACGGUAUGUGCAACAAACGGCUUCUAAUCAGGAUAUCUGGCCUAUAUGGAGUUUGCUGAAACCGUCUACACUUUCCUCGACAAUCCCAAGCACUACCGUUUGAAGCAGGGUAUACCACAGAAAGAGUUACGGUUCAUUCGAAGAAACAGAACACUGAAUGGGGAGAGAUUCAAGACAGAAGACGAACGGCUUCGAAACAAAGUGCUGUACACGUUCAACUCGAUCAGAAAGAUAGUUGCGUCCGGGCGCAUUGACACUUUGAUGGACUUUGUCAAAUCUUUUGGCGUCUUUGGAGCAAUCAAUAUCCCGAUGGGACCGGCGGCUAAUAUGAUGGAAUUGGUUAACCCUUACUUGGUACAUUGGCAUAUCUAUCUAAUUUUUAGGAAUGGAGUAACAAAAUGGAGGCGAUUGUGAAAAAGGAGUACAACAUCCAGCCAAACAUGAGCACGAGCAUGAGUGCUCUGAAAUCUCUACCGUCUACCAUUCAAAAUCUGGGCAACACCUUUUCCGAUAUUAAUAUUCCUGGUUAUCAUGGAUUCAGAUGGGAUUUUCCAAUCAAAAAGAUCACCGCAAAAAUAAAAGAGGUGAUGGGGAAGAACGGACAGAGCGGCGGAGAUGUCUCGAAGGCGAUCGAUAAAAUCAUAAAAUUCGGAGAUUUUGUAAGUUUAGUUAUCAAUUUUAUGAAUGUCUCCAAUGUCUUUCAGAUUGAGAUAUUGAUUUCGGUUAUCUACAUUGCAGCGAGUUAUCCAAAAGACAAGAACAUAUCUGGGGAGCACUUGGGACCGGCAUCUGUGAGUCAUUCGGCAUUCCACACACACAAAGCACGUUUGUACGGUUCCAGGCUCUUGUCGCGCAACGUCAUGAAAUCGGGUGUUGGUCGAAUAAACUCUUUGCAAUUUGUCUUGUCAGGUCAGUGGUAGAAUGUACUUACAGACCUUGAAAUAAAUACAUUUUCAGAAAAGAUAACGCGACCGAGUUCUACAAAGAAGGCGUCACUUGCACAGAGUGCCCGCAGAGUUCCAGAUGCGAGUACGUGGUCCAACCGGACGAUUCGCUUGCGGAAGGCGAUGUUUGUAUCUUUGAUCCGGAGUACGAGGCGAGCACGUUGAGCCCAAAAGGAGAUGAUGAUGCGGACAAUGGGCACAGAAAAUCCGUUGAAGUCUCUUCCGUUCUUAUCUGUGUCUUGAUGCCCUUUCUUGUCUAA